UAUUAAACAGUGUAAACUCGUAAAUAGGUUUGGAAGGUUAAAAAUAUAAAAUAAAAUUAAAAUUUCACACCACACAACAAUUAAUAUAAAAUUUAAGAGUUAUGCGGUGGUACAUACGGGCGCGAUGAUAGCGUUGAUGGCGCUGGCGUUGAAUUACUACACAGGCGUCAACCUUCGUACGCACAAACACGUCACCGGAGACGUCAAACACGUCAAAACUCACGAACUCACACUCGAUAAAUAUAAAGUUGACAGGGCGUUGUUGGAGUUGAGUAUGGGAUAUGACUUGCGUGGUGUGUUUGACUGGAGUACUCAUGUGGUAUUUCUGUACGUGACGGCGAACUACGUGACAAACCGUCACGAGAGAAGUGAAGUUGUGAUAUUUGACAAGAUAAUAAACAAGUCUGAGGCGUACCAGCCUAGUACAAAUGUGUUUGCAAAGUAUUUUCUAUACGAUUUCGGAAGAUCACUGAGGAACAGACAAGUCUCACUCAAGUUUUUUUAUGAAAUUGUGCCAAUCGGAGGGUUCAUCAAACAGUUUCAACUCUCACACCACACCUUCACACUACCCCCUCAAUAUUCUCAAUCCUAA